UUUUUGACCCAAGAUAACACAGGAAACACACCGCAACUCACGACGUCUACUAUUUGGUAGUUGUUACAGUUUUGCAUACAAUCCGCCAAGAACUGUAGCGCAAAAUGAUGAGAACGUGUGUGCAGAGUAGUAGAUUUAUUAACAGAGUCCAAGAAUCCUUGCCUCUGCGACUGUCAAAUGUGUUUUAUUGCACAAAGACCCCGAGAAGAAGAGAUGAUCCGAGAGUCCAGGCAAAAGCUGAGAGAAGGAAAAUUCAAUUAUCUGAACCAGAGAACCCAGUUGAUAAAACCCUCAGGAUUUUGAAAAGGGAUCUUGUAAAUUUUAAAAACAGAUGGCUAACCUCGAAUCCAAAGUUUUCGCGUUAUAAAGGAAGACAAAUGAGUUGGACGAAAGACGACGAAGAAGACGAUUUUCCGCUAGAAUGUGACGUUCUGAUAAUUGGAGGAGGUGCUAUGGGCUCUUCUGUAGCCUAUCAUCUGAAAAAACGAGCUGCAGAAGGUCUUAAAAUUGUCGUCUUAGAGAAAGAUUUUUCGUAUUCAAAAGCGUCAACCUCUCUUUCUGUCGGAGGAAUUCGGCAACAAUUUUCCUUGGAAGAAAAUAUAGAAAUGUCCUUGUACGGUGCAGAAUUUAUUCGCAAUAUUGACAAACACUUGGGAAUCCCAGGAGAUCCUCCAGUCGACGUACAAUUUCGACCUUACGGAUAUUUAUUCAUGGCCUCGGAAGAAGGCGCUCAAGACAUGAUAGAGAAUGCAAAACUGCAACGAGAACUUGGGGCGAAAAAUAUUCUUCUUAAACCCGAAAAGUUAAAAGAAAGGUUUCCUUGGAUAAAUACGGAUGGUGUGGCUUUAAGUUGUCUUGGACUCGAGAAAGAGGGUUGGUUCGACCCUUGGACUUUCUUGUACGCAUUAAAAAAAAAAUCUCUCACUAUGGGAAACUACUAUGUUGAAGCAGAGGCGAUAAAAUUUGAGUUUCACAAUUUGACAAAUAUAGUUUAUGCGGAUCCAAAUGAAAUUACAGGCGAAACAACUAAUCAUUUAAUUGUUGAAACGUCGGAUGGAAAGCAUAGAAAAAUUCAGUUUGCACUCUGUAUAAUUGCAGCAGGUGCAAAUAGUGGACAAAUUGCUAAGCUUGCCAGAAUUGGAAAUGGUCCAGGUGUUCUAUCAGUCCCUUUGCCAGUAGAGCCUAGAAAACGAUUCGUUUAUUGUUUCCAUAGUCCUGAUGGUCCGGGUAUAAAUGUUCCAAUGACUAUAGAUCCUAGUGGAACUUACUUCAGGAGGGAAGGUUUAGCAGGGAAUUUCAUUUGUGGACGAUGUCCAUCUGAGGGAGAAGAAGAACCCCCAAUAGGGGAUUUGGAAGUGGAUCAUGAAUACUUUGAGAAAAGCGUCUGGCCAGUUCUCGCCCAUCGUGUAAAAAAUUUCGAGAAUUUAAAGGUCCAAUCUUCAUGGGCUGGAUAUUACGAAUACAAUACUUAUGAUCAGAAUGGAGUCGUUGGUAUUCAUCCUUACUACCAUAACUUUUACUUUGCAACGGGAUUCAGUGGUCACGGAAUUCAAAAAUCGCCAGCGAUAGGACGAGCGAUUGCAGAACUAAUUUUGGACUCAGAAUUCACAACGAUAGAUUUAACGAGAUUGACCUUUGAUAGGUUUAUCACAUUAGAACCUAUGAGGGAAAGAAAUGUGGUAUAGAUAGUUUACAAGCAAUUGGGGCAGCAAUAGAAGAAUUAUUUAUCUAGAUUUUUUCGUAGAAAAAUUUCGAAGGAAAUUAAUUUAUUUUCCUUGCGUAAAUUGCAUUUUUUAAAUGAGCUUUAUUGUUAUCUAUCUAGUAGGAGUCUGUUAAGAAUAAAAUAAUUAUUGUAAUGGUUUCUAUACAUAAUAUUGCAUUUUAUUUCUUUAAAAGUUUUCAGAUUAUUGUUUAAAGUUUUUUUUCCUACUCAGGAAAGUAAAAUUUCAUAAAUAAAAGAACGGCCUGUUCACAUUAUGCGUACGUU